AUGUUCUCCGUCAAAAAAAUAAUAUUUGUUAUCGCUGUUGUGGGAGUGACACUAGCAAAGAGUGAAAAACCAUCAACUUCUAUAGAAUUGCAGGAAUCUAAAGAGUAUUUUGAAUUAAUCGAUUACACUGAUAAUUGCUUACGCGGUUGCCCCCGUAUCAUAGAUCCCAUUUGUGCUGUAGAUGAAUUGCAUCCCAAGGAAUACAAAUAUUUUCACAACCAAUGUUUAAUGGAAUACGACAAUUGUCGUCAGAGUCGAGCUUGGAAACCCACACAGAUGCUUUUGUGCAUUAAGGACAUUGAUCCGGUGGUACGUGAUGACUGUAUGCGUGCCUGUCCAUUGAUUUAUAAUCCUGUUUGUGCCAGUGAUGGAAAAAAUUAUGAAAUUUUUGGCAACCAAUGUAGUUUUGGCAUGGAAAAUUGCUUAGCCAGCGGCAAAUGGUUAGAAGUGCGCGCUGAACAAUGUGGUUUGUGA